ACACGGACGAUGCAGCCAGUCGGCAUUCGGUGGUCAUUCUGAGAAGGUGCAGUGUCGUGUUCUGCUUAUUUCUCCCAAGAUACAUACAGCAUGCGGUUUCCAGUGCUGGUGGCGGUUUCGCUCGCGGUAAUUGGAGGUACCGCUGGCCGCCAAUCGUACAGUGGCUACAAGCUCUACUCUGUGGAGCAGAACAACCAGCAGCAGGUGGACUUCCUGCGCGAGCUGCAACAGUCCGCCCAGGAUCUUGACUUCUGGAAGCUUGAUCGUUUGGUUGGUUCCGAGGCACGGGUGCUGGUGCCUCCGGCACAAUUGAACUACUUCCGUCAGCUGCUGAAGGCCCAGAAGUUGCGCCACCGGGAACUGAUUCACGAUUUCGAACGUGUGCAAGAUGAUCAUCUGUACGGUACCAAACGGGUGACUCCUUCGCAGGGUCUUCCCCUCAACAAGUACCUGCGGUACAAUGAAAUGAUCGACUACAUCAACACACUCGCGAAGAAGUACUCCAGCUUUGUAACCGUUGCCGAAAUUGGCAAAUCCUACGAAGGACGCCCAAUCCCGGCCGUCACCAUCCAGUCCCCGUCGCUCUACAAAUCGCACCCGAACAGCUCCAAACCGGUCGUGUUCGUUGAUGCUGGCAUUCAUGCGCGUGAAUGGGCCGCACCUGCCAUGGCGAUGUAUCUGAUCAGCGAGCUGGUGGAGAAUGCCGCCCAGCAUCAGGAUCUACUAGCCGGGCUUACCUGGACGAUCGUGCCAAUUGCCAAUCCGGACGGGUACGAGUACAGUCACGAGCGGGAACGCCUGUGGCGCAAAACACGCCGUCCGGCCGGACGUAACUGUGUCGGCGUCGAUGGUAACCGCAACUACGACUUCCACUGGGCGGAGGUCGGUGCCUCGAAUCAGCCCUGCUCCGACACAUACCACGGGGAGCAGUCGUUCUCUGAACCGGAGACACGCGCCAUCCGGGACGAGCUGCUGAGGUUGAAGGGACGCUGCAAGUUCUACCUGUCGCUGCACACGUACGGUCAGUACCUGCUGUACCCGUGGGGAUGGACGUCGGAGUUGCCGGAGGACUGGGAGAAGGUUGAUGCCGUUGCGCAGGCUGGAGCACGUGCGAUUGAGCAAGCGACCGGGUCGACCUAUACGGUCGGUAGCUCCACCAAUGUGCUGUAUGCGGCCGCUGGGGGCAGUGAUGAUUACGCGUAUGCCGUCGCCGAUGUGCCGAUUUCGAUGACGAUGGAACUGCCGGGCGGUGGUUCGCAGGGCUUCAAUCCACCGCCGACGCGCAUCGAAGAGAUCGUGAAGGAAACGUUCGUGGGCGUGCGAGCGAUGGCGUUGGAGGUGGCGCGAAACUACAGCUGAACGGGUGUGCGCGGCGCACAGAGUAGCUGUUAUUAUUUAUCUGUUUCUACCCGGGCUCGGGUGCAAUAAAAUGAUUAGUCCGUUAAA